AUGCAACUCUUUGUCCGAGACCUGCACGGAUCGUCGCUCUCCUUUUCGUCGAUCGAGACCGUCGCCGAGCUCAAGUUCGCCGUCGAGGACCGCACCUCGAUCCCGCUUGACGACCAGCGCCUCGUCUUUGGCGGACGCCAGCUCGACGACACACGCGCCCUUGCCGAUUAUGGCCUUCAACCUGGAAUGACUGUUGGGCUGGCAUUGAGGUGAGCUGAGGGAAGUGAACUUUGACAGCGGAUGGCGCAUUCCGAUCCGGGCGACCGUCCAGCACGCAGCAAGCUGACGUAACCCCCCUCCUUCCUCACAGGUUACGCGGUGGAGGCCCCAAGAAGCGCUGCGGAGCCUACAUCUCGGCCACGGACCGUUGCUCCCAGGCCUCGCUCAGGAUCGUUGGCGACUGCUCCUUCUGCAGCACCUCGUUCUGCGGACGGCAUCGGUUACCCGAAGGUCAGUUGCCGCGCGCGCGCACACCUUGCCCUCGGUCUCGUGAUCCUGUCCCCAAUCUGUCGCGCGCUCCCUCGCUAACAUGGGUCGCUCUCUCUCCUUCUGUACAGACCACAAGUGCGCGAACCUGCAAUCGUGCAAGCAAGAGGCGUUUGAGAAGAACAAGUCCAAGCUGGAAGCCGAGCAGACGACGAGCAACAAGAUCCAGUCCUUCUGA